AUUAUUUAAUAUUUCCAUUAUAUUUGAAUUCACUAAAAAUUACAAUGUCUGAAAAGACACAGGGAGAAAAUGGUGAUCAACCCUCAACAUCAGCAUCAUCCGCUACACCUUUGUUUCCAUUGACCAAAGAUGGAAAGAAAAUAGACUAUGGUACUAACAACACAUUGGAGCUGCUGGAACGAUUACCAAGCCAAGUUGUUGACAUACAUCUCGACGAUGUACUAACUGCCGUUAAGACUGUUGACAACCUAUGCGACUUUGCCCGAUGUAAGGCCAAAACAAGUCUAAUGGGACAGGAUUGUGGACACUGUCGUAAGCGGUUUUGUUUCAAACAUGCACUGCCGGAGGUUCACGGUUGCGGGGAAGAGGUGAAACGGGUGGAGCGCAAAAAUUUCCUGCAUCCAAAGCCAGUGGCUUCUGUCCGGCACGAAGAGGAGAUGGCGCAGGCCAAAAAGAAGCUCAAUGCCAAGCUGAAGGACAUGCAAGUCGGUCGCAUGCAGAAGGCUGGUGGAAGUAACACUUCAUCGGGCCACUCAAAGAAGAAAAAGGGCAAAUAGAAUAAACCAAUGCAUAUUUGUUUAGGUUUAAAACUUAUUAAAAUUCUCAACACAUUAUUGUAAACACAGAA